AUGCCAUCACCAUCUCUAUAUAUCUCCCUAAUCUCCAAAAACCACCAUGUCCUCCAUCAUUACACAACACAUAGAGAUACAAACACAAAGAACAGAGCCAUUUCUUCUUCUUCUUCUGUUUCUGCCAUGGAAGCCAAAAAGUCAAACAAAAUCAGAGAGAUCGUAAAGCUUCAACAGAUCCUCAAGAAAUGGCGAAAAGUAGCACACGCAUCAAAACAAGCCAACAACAACGACAACAAGAUUGACAACGAAGAGGACAGCAACAACAUCAGCAGAAAUGGGAGUGGGAGUGGAAGUGGAAGUGGAAGUGGAAGUAAGAGCAUCAAGUUUCUGAAGAGGACACUAUCCUUCACAGAUGUAACAGCUGUUCCUAAAGGCUUCUUAGCUGUCUCGGUGGGGAAGGAGGAGAAGCGAUACAAGAUACCAACGGACUACCUUAGCCACCAAGCUUUCCACGUGCUGUUGCGUGAAGCAGAAGAAGAGUUUGGGUUUCAACAAGCUGGUGUGUUGAAGAUUCCUUGUGAAGUUGCUGUGUUCGAGAGCAUUCUUAAGAUAAUGGAGGACAACAAGAGUGAUGCCUACCUAACCACUCAGGAGUGUAGGUUCAAUGCAACGGCUGAGGAAGUUAUAAGUUAUCGUCAUCCUUCGGAUUGCCCUCGGACUCCAUCUCAUCAACCUCACAGCCCAAUGUGCAGAUAG